AUGGCUUCUAAGAUCUUUCAUCCCAUCUCCUUUAUAUUUCUCAUUUUCAUUCUACUUGCACCAGUUGGCCAUGCCAAGAGGAGCACCCCUAGUGACAAAAACUCAUCACCUUUUAAUUUCAUCAAGAAGUUAAAAGGUUGUCACAAGGGAAACAACACAAAAGAUAUCCUUGAGCUCAAAGCCUAUCUCGAGAAAUUCGGUUACCUCAGCUAUGGAAACAAUAUUCAUGCCACAAAUGAUGAUUUCGAUGACAUCCUAGAAUCAGCCAUCAAAACCUACCAGAAAAACUACAACAUCAAACCCUCAGGUAUCAUAGAUGAUGAAACGAUAUCAAAAAUGACAACCCCACGAUGCGGGGUGCCUGAUAUCGUUAACGGUACCAACUACAUGCAACCCCGUGGCAAUAAGCACGAGUCAAGCUCGAGCAACGUCCGCAUAGUAUCUCACUACAGUUUCUUUCCAGGAAACCCUAGAUGGCCUUAA